GGCUCAGUUGACCUAGUCUCAUAGUGCCCGGAGCCCUUGCACAGGCGCAGUCCUUUCGCUCCACAUAGCUCCACCUCCAUGCCAUCCCUUUCCGAGGCUUCUCAUUGGAGGACACGUCCAUCAAAUGCUUUUAUUUGCUUUGGAGGCGGGGCCUGGAGAUUUGCCUGCACUCCAAUUGGUCCCACAGGCCGUCUACCUCCGGUCAGACAUGCCUACAUGUGCUCUUUGUGCGCCUAUUGGCCCUGGAGGACUAUCCUGUGGUGGCGGGGGCGGAGCAGACGGAAGGGCCCACCGUGGAUUGGACAGUGUCAAAAAGAGGGGCGGUCCCUACUGGCGGGGCGGUUGGGCGGCGAAGGCAGAGUCUUUUCAGCGCUGAGGACUGGCGCUGAGGAGGCGGCGGUGGCUCCCGGGGCGUUUGAGCGGGCUCACCCGAGCCCGCGGGCCAACGCGGAUCCAGGCCCGACCGGCGGGACCGCCCCGGACUCCCCGCGGGCCUUCCUAGCCGCCAUGGAGGACGAACCCCCAGACCUGACCCCGGAGGAGCGGAUGGAGCUGGAGAACAUCCGGCGGCGGAAGCAGGAGUUGCUGGUGGAGAUCCAGCGCCUGCGGGAGGAGCUCAGCGAAGCCAUGAGUGAGGUGGAGGGUCUGGAGGCCAAUGAGGGCAGUAAGACCUUGCAGCGGAACCGGAAGAUGGCAAUGGGCAGGAAGAAGUUCAACAUGGAUCCCAAGAAGGGCAUCCAGUUCUUGGUGGAGAAUGAACUUCUGCAGAACACACCUGAGGAGAUCGCCCGCUUCCUGUACAAGGGCGAGGGGCUGAACAAGACUGCCAUCGGGGACUACCUGGGGGAGAGGGAAGAGCUCAACCUGGCAGUGCUCCAUGCUUUCGUGGAUCUGCAUGAGUUCACCGACCUCAAUCUGGUGCAGGCCCUCAGGCAAUUUCUGUGGAGCUUUCGCCUCCCCGGAGAGGCGCAGAAGAUUGACCGGAUGAUGGAGGCCUUCGCCCAGCGAUACUGCCUGUGCAACCCUGGAGUUUUCCAGUCCACAGACACAUGCUACGUGCUGUCUUUCGCCGUGAUCAUGCUGAACACCAGCCUUCACAAUCCGAACGUCCGGGACAAGCCGGGCCUGGAGCGCUUUGUGGCCAUGAACCGGGGCAUCAACGAGGGCGGGGACCUGCCUGAGGAGCUGCUCAGGAACCUCUACGACAGCAUUCGGAACGAGCCCUUCAAGAUUCCUGAGGACGACGGGAACGACCUGACCCACACCUUCUUCAACCCGGACCGGGAGGGCUGGCUCCUGAAGCUGGGAGGGGGCCGGGUGAAGACAUGGAAGCGGCGCUGGUUUAUCCUCACAGACAACUGCCUCUACUAUUUUGAGUACACGACGGACAAGGAGCCCCGAGGAAUCAUUCCCCUGGAGAAUCUGAGCAUCCGAGAGGUGGACGACCCUCGGAAACCGAACUGCUUUGAGCUUUACAUCCCCAACAACAAGGGGCAGCUCAUCAAAGCCUGCAAAACAGAGGCAGACGGCCGGGUGGUCGAGGGGAACCACAUGGUGUAUCGGAUCUCGGCCCCCACGCAGGAGGAGAAGGACGAGUGGAUCAAGUCCAUCCAGGCAGCUGUGAGUGUGGACCCGUUCUACGAGAUGCUGGCGGCGAGAAAGAAGCGGAUUUCCAUCAAGAAGAAGCAGGAGCAGCCCUGACCCCCUGCCCCCAACUCCAUUAUUUAUUAGGAGCUGCCCCGCCUGGGUGGCCGGACCCCUGGGCUUGGGGCUGUGGAUCAUGGUUCCCUGUUUGGAAAAGUCACCAUCUCUAGCUCCUCAUUGUUAUUUGUAAUUAACAUGCUGUUGGUAAUCUUAUUAAUUAUUUAACCACUCA